AUGUCAAUGGAUGAUUCUUUAUACUCAUCAUACUGGUGCUACAGAUGCAGCCAAUUUAUCAAUGUUCCGACUCACCGGUUAGAUUCUUCUUUCUUUUGCCCGGAUUGCAACGGUGGAUUCGUAGAGGAGCUCGGUGGCCCGACCCAGAUACCCGAGUCAACACUUUCGGACUCUCACCGGAGACGUUUUCCUGCUGCGGCUCUAUACAUGGUCGGAAACGAGCAACAUAGCUCAGUAUCAAGUCCUAGCCCACCGGUGCUUCGCCGUACUGUAAGGAACCCAGGUGAUCGGUGGCCGUUUAACCCCGUCAUCGUCGUCCGUGGACAGACUAGCAACGGGAACACGCCGCCCGUUGAAUCCGGCAACGGGAGAGGGUUUGAGAUGUAUUAUGAUGACGGAGCUGGGUCUGGUUUGAGGCCAUUACCGGUGAGUAUGUCGGAGUUUUUGUUGGGUGCUGGUUUUGACCGGUUAUUAGAUCAAUUGACUCAAAUUGAAGCGAAUGGGUUAGGGAGAAUCGACCAGAAUCCCCCGGCGUCAAAGGCCGCCAUUGAAGCACUUCCGACGAUUGAAAUUCAAGAAAUUCAUACUUUCACAGAAUCCCAUUGUGCUGUUUGUAAAGACCCAUUUGAAUUACAAACAGAAGCUAAAGAAAUGCCUUGUAAGCAUUUAUACCAUUCGGGUUGCAUUCUUCCAUGGCUAAGUUUACGUAAUUCAUGCCCAGUUUGCCGCCACGAACUGCCGUCGGAUAAUCAAGAAUCAGUAUCUGACGAUAACGAUGUAGCAGCAGGAUUAACGAUUUGGAGGCUGCCUGGCGGCGGUUUUGCGGUGGGGAGGAGGGGAAGGGAGAGAGAGAUACCUGUUGUUUUUACUGAAAUGGACGGUGGAUUCAACAUCAACGGAGGUCCAUGGAGGAGGAGGUCAUGGGAUUUAAGAGGAAACGGUGGUGGAGGGAAUGGCGGAUUCCGGCGGUUUUUCAAUAAUAUGUUUUCUUGUUUCAGUGGUGGUGGUCGAGGGCGGAGAGGUUUGUCCUCUAGUUCGAGUUCCAGUUCUGAUGAUGGAGUAAGCCAUAGAAGCAGAUUUAUUCCGGCGAUUUUUAGCAGCUCCUCACGGCGGCAGAGGGCGUGGGCUUCUGACGAGUUGUUCAUUCCGAUCGCUAGUCUCCUGUUAGUACUUCCGAUCAAUUGCACCUUUCCCUAUUAUUGCAUCACUUCCACGCAUCAGUAAACACCACAACCACAAAUAAAGUAAUAAGAGACAAUGAUACACUUGUUUCAGCUGGUGAAAUGUAUGAAUUUGGCUUUUUUACCCUCGGUAACUCUAAGUAUCGAUACUUGGGGAUAUGGUAUAAUAAGGUUUUUCCUCAGACAGUUGUAUGGGUUGCUAACAGAGAGACUCCACUUACAGAUACCACCAGUGUGCUCAGAGUCAAUAACAUGGGAACACUGCUGCUUCUCAAUGGAUUUUAUCACAGGGAGAAAUAGAUGCUUGACAUCUUGGAAGAGUCUAGAUGAUCCUUUUCCAUGUCCAUAUAUAAUUUACUGGGAUACAAAUGGAUAUCCACAAGCAUUUUAGUUGAAAAAGUAUAUGCAACAGACGUUUAUGAAGGUUGUACAUACUAAGGAUGUGCUUACUGAACUUAUUCAGUACAAACGUUUAUGGAUUCUAAAAUAUGGAAUUAUCAAAGGCAAUCUUACUGUGAAUUCAAACACACAACGUCCCGUGAGAUGUGAAGCUGAAGUGAGUCUUCAAGAAAUAAUGUUGUACUCUGAGAAAUUGAUGAUAUAUAGCAUUGAACUUUCAAAAUUUUGUAAUAGUUAAUUAAAAUAGC